UUACAUCACGCCCUGGUGGAUAUUUGGGUGCAGCCAGCGGCGCCUCCAGUUUGGCUGGAGGGGGACCAGAGGCAACCAGUGCGCCGUGCCGGCCGGGACGGAAACAACAUGAGUGGAAGCAGCAGCCAGCGCGCCCUGCUGUCACACCGGGACCUGCCGCUGACCGCCGCGCACGGGAAAGCCCAGGGGACACGCUGCGAGUUCAAUUCCCACUUCUGAACUUGUUCUCCCGGCCAGUUUGGAACUUGUGCGCAAAGAGAAGCCCGAGGAGCGCCUUUCCCUCUCCAGACGCGCUGGUCAUGGACUGUGAAGUUCCGCAGGGAAAUUCCUCUCCGGCUGCACAUCAGCUCGCCUCCUUCCCGCUCCCGCUGUCGCUCUCCGCUCUGGCGAACGGCCAGCAGCCGUCUCAAACUUGCUGAGACGUUUUGGGAGCGUUUCGAACCGAGGUUGGAAGCGGUACGUGCGUCUUUUGCGCGCUCUCGGCUCAGACUUGGAUACCUCCCGCCAGCCAGCGGCCACCGCUGGGGAAACACAGGGGGACACAGGGGCUCGUGCUGCUUUUUGGGAGGAUUAUACCUGUUUAUUUUGACUUUCUCUAACUUGGGAACUGUACAAGGCAAUGGAUAACUCCUGCUACUUCUUGGCCAUGUCUAUGCUGGUGAUUUCUCUGGGCUUCAGGAUAGAGGAGGGCAUGUGCCAACACUACUAUCUCCUCCGUCCCAUUCCCAGCGACGCUCUGCCCAUACUGGAGCUAAAGGAGGACCCGGAUCCAGUUCUGGACCCUAAGGAGAAGGACCUGAACGAAACGGAGCUCAGGAGCGCCCUGGGCAGCCACUUCGACCCUCACGUCAUGUCCAUCACCCCGCCGGAGGACAAACACGCGGGGAACGAGGAGCUGAGCGAGUCGGAGCUGAGGCAGAAGCUGUCCGGAGCGAUGCCCAAAGAGAUCAAAGCCAUGGAGUUCGAGAUCCAGCACGGCAAGAAGCAGAAGCCCGGCAAAAAACUCCGGAGAAGGCUGCAACUGUGGCUGUGGUCUUACGCCUUCUGCCCGGUUGUUUACGCAUGGAACGACCUGGGCAGCAGAUUCUGGCCGCGCUACGUGAAGGUGGGGAGCUGCUACAAUAAGCGGUCUUGUUCGGUCCCUGAAGGGAUGGUCUGCAAACCUGCCAAAUCGGCCCAUUUAACGAUCCUACGAUGGUGGUGCCUGCAGAAAAAGGGGGGUCUGAAAUGCGCCUGGAUACCUGUUCAGUACCCCAUUAUAUCAGAGUGCAAAUGCUCCUGCCCGAACUGAGCAAACUGAAAAGAACUUGUUUUUCUGGUUUGUUUUGUUUUGCAAUUAUUGAUGAUUAAUUCAAAUAUAGUGUCGUGAUUAUUUUUAUAUGCACACUGCAAGACAUAUCCAUCCUAAUGAGUCAUUAAAACUUGUGUUGAGCCUUCAAAACUUAAAAACAGUGAAGAAAAAUCCACUGCCACUGAGGUGAGGAUCCCAAAAUAAAUCGGCAACAGAAGCAAGUGGAAAUAACUCACAGCUCUGGCAGAAAAUAAGAUUUGAAGACUGAAUAUAAGACAAAAUGGUUUAAUGAGAUGGGCAUUUUUUGCAGUGCACUGUCCAGUGUAAGAAUGUAUAUUUGAUGUACAUGUUGUGCCAUUUUAUUUUAUGACAAAACUUUGUAUAAAAAGGUCAGUAUUAUUAAUAUAAUCAAAUCUACUGUAUUUGCUAAAUGUAUCUUGAUUGUGUUGUAUCUUUUUAUAUUUAUAAUGAAGAGCACUUCGCAUUGCGAAGCAUUAAAAUGCUGAUACUGAAGGACUUAAAAGCUAUUUUGUGUUCAUUGAGAAAAAAAAAUAUAAUGAAUUUAUGAACAUCUGGGGGAAAAUAUGAGGAGUUCUGCUCCAAAAUCAAACCUUUACCAUGAUGUCUACUCUGAUCUGAGACAGAUUAUUGUGUUUCAAGGACACGUUAAGUUACUCUGAGUCCUUGGUUUGCAAAAUGAUUAUUUUACAAAGUGAAUCCACUAUAUGUGCCAGUGAUGAACAUCAGAAAAGCUUUUUCCUCCCCCAAAAUAUCCAUAUAAGCUUUUGGAUCAGAAC